CAUCAAACAUUGAUUAAAACUUUCUUUUGUUCAGUAAUGAAUAGUUAAUAUCUGAUUCCGAACGAUGUAUUAACAUUUGAAAGCUCGUUGUAUUUUAAAUGUUGUAUACGUGACCUACUUUCUUCUGAAUGACAGUGAUAAACUGUACCAAUAACGACGAAACGUAAUAAACGGAGCCUUUGUUCCUUCCUCUUGUGUCAUUCGUGAACUGAAUAUUUAAUUUCAGUUCGCAGCAUGGUGAUAAAAGAUAUACACGUUUAAUCGCCUCUGUGCAGCUGGGCCAUUGGUUUCUGAUGACGUCAAAUGCAUAUCGAGUUCAAGUACAACAGGUUUGGCAACCCUCACGCAUAUCUGAAUACACAAAACGUGAAAGGUUUUCAACGAGGGCGACGGCUGAGAACACACAGGGACAAACCAUGACGCAAAUACUGUUGUUCACCGUGGUCCUGUCCCUUCUCACAACACCACAGAGAGCGUCAGGACAGGAAGUUAACACCACGCAUGGCAAAGUUGUUGGUCUGAGAUCUUCCGUCUUUGGCAAGACCAUCGACACAUAUUAUGGUAUUCCUUAUGCCAGACCACCCAUAGGUGAUCUCAGGUUCAAGUACCCUCAACCAAUGGACUCUUGGAGACCGGAAGUCAAGGAAGCACAAUCAAUGAAACCAUCUUGCCAUCAAGCAGUUGAAUCUGCAUACGGAAUGCUCUGGAGAGCAAUUCCCCCCUCCUUCAGUGAGGACUGUCUCUACAUCAAUGUGUGGGCACCAGGUAAUGUCACAGCAACAACAAAACUCACAACCAUGGUUUGGAUCUAUGGCGGAGGCUUUACGACCGGAUCUAUCAACAUGCCUUUGUAUAAUGGUCAGUAUCUUGCUGCUGAAAACAACGUCAUCGUAAUGUCCAUGAACUAUCGUUUAGGAGCUCAUGGAUUUCUAUAUCUUGGACCUGACAGGUUUCCUGGUAACCAAGGUCUCAUGGAUCAGGCUCUUGCUCUGCAGUGGAUUCAGAACAACGUUGGAAGAUUCGGUGGAGAUACAAACAUGAUCACCUUAUUUGGAGAAAGUGCAGGUGCAGCCUCGAUUGGUCUUCAUUUGUUAUCCCCAAUAUCACGUGACCGCUUCACUCGUGCCAUUCUUCAAAGCGGGGCCCCAAAUGCAAUGUGGACAUCUACUGAACCGUCGAAGGCUAUCAGCAGCACAAGAAGACUCGCAGAGCUGUCGAACUGUAGUGCAAAAUCGGAUGCUGACAUUUUCCAAUGCAUCCGAGUUCUACCACCAGAAACGGUAAUACAAAAUCAAGCACUCGUUCCUAUUGAUGGCUCUGCACAAUUCAGUCCAGUCGUAGAUGGCUAUUUCUUACCCGAUUCCCCAGCAUCACUCAUUGAAAAAGGACAAAUGAAGCAAGUGGAAAUCCUUCUUGGGGUGAACAAAAAUGAAGGCACGUCAUUUCUCAUAGGGCGUCUGCCUACAAUAUUUUCUCCAUUUACAACUCAACUUAAUGUCAGCAGAACACAGUUCCUAACGACUGUACAAACCUUAACCAGGGGGCGGUCGUCUAACAUUGUCAAAGCUAUUAUAGCUCAGUAUGCUGAUAUCUAUGUCCCUUCUCUACAUCCAAACUACGUGGACAGUGCUGACGGCGUCCUUGGAGACAGUUUCUUUAAGUGUCCAGCUACCAAACUGGCUGCUUCACAUUCUGCAAAUAACAGUGUUUACUUGUACUCUUUUAAUCAUAUGAUCCCAUCGUUGCCACCACCACAAUGGAUGGGAGUUCCUCAUACGUUCGAGAUAGAAUCGGUGUUCGGGCAUCCUCUCGGGGAUGCCUUUACUUCGACAGAUGUGGAUAAGUCAAUAAGUCGAAGCAUGAUGACUUACUGGGCGAAUUUUGCUAAAACUGGAAACCCCAACCUCCCGGAAACACCAAACUACCAAUGGCCGACGUACAACAGGAUGGAUGAACGUUUCCUGGUCUUCUCCUCGUCCGGACUGACCACAGAGCAGGGCAUGAGAAAGCAGCAGUGUGUGUUCUGGAACACUCUCUUGCCAUUGAUCUCAGAGACCAAAGAAGACACAUCUACAGGCACAACAACUGAUGUUUACAGAUGUCACACCAGUGGAAGCAGGAUGCCAUUCACUGUGAACACGUGUCUCAUUGCUGUACUUGCAGCAUUAGUGAGUGUGUAAACAUGGAGCGAUCACCACAAUGUUUUCACUGAAAAAUCACCAAAAUAUUCCUGAGAAGAGAGGCUCGUGCAACGUAAUCAUGGGAUAAUACAAAGAUUAAUUGAUGACUACCUCUCAUAGAUCUCAAAUUCAAGUGACAUGAAUUGUAACACACGAUUCGAAAGAGAUCAAUUUGACCGUUGGUUUAUAAUUCCAAAUCAUGUUUCGUAAAACAGCUUGUUGAAAUCCCAGCCAGAUUACAUUAAUUUUCUUCAUUAUGUACUAACACGGAUGUUUACCUUAUU